CGCCCCUUUCUCCUCCCCUGAUUCUUAUAAUUACUAUAUAGAAAAAAUGGGGCUAACUAGCGGGGAACUGGGUGGAUACAACACGAUUCACAAUGUAACAUAAGUGGAGCGAUAUAAAGAAUGGGCAGAGAAAGUCUAACCUAAUCGGACUUUAGAAAUGUGUUGUUGACCAGACAAAGGAAGAGUUCUACAAAACAAGGUGCUCAUGAAGAAUGGAACUAACCAUGUUUAACAUUUAACUUUGAUAAUUGAAUACACCCUAAUGGAUUACGUAAGCUCCGCUGAACCAGAUGUUGAUGCCUUCAUCUGCACAGAAUGUGGGGAUGGCUUCAGGCGCUACCUUGACUUGGUUAAACACAUUACUGUUCAUGAACGACUCAGGACUCAUGAACAAACAGAUUCGUUUUCCCUUGACAGUUUACCCAAUGGGUUUCAAGUUCCCCGUGAGUAUGCUCUCCACGAAAAUGGAACUUUCAUAGUGGUUGACAGAUCUGGACCAUCAAACAACCCUUCUGUCAAGCAGCCAUCUUCAACUCCUUCACCUUAUCAGAAUUCAAAGACCAUUGUACUUACAACUAAGCCAGCCAAAACUGAUCUACGCGUUAACACAGUAUCUCACUCCCAGUGCCGCAGUGUCUCUCCUCUAAAACAGUACCGAUGUGAAACAUGUGGAAAAUCGUUUAACAACCAGCUGAGUUUACAACACCAUCAACAGUAUCGGAAUUUAGAGCAAGGUUAUAAGUGCACCUUGUGUUGCAAGAUCUUCACAGAUAAAGAGAGGCUAAGGGAACAUCUCCAAGAACAUGCCCAUGAAAUAUUUUACUGCUGUGGUCAGUGUGGAAAACGCUUUCUGAAACAAGAGACCCUGUAUGCUCAUCAAAAAGAGCAGCAUGGAUCGCUGGGGCUCAAACAAAUGGGGAAGUCAGACAAUGGUCAAGAGAACAUAAUACAGAAAACAUAUCCCUGUAAGAAGUGUAAUCUGUGUUUUUUCUGGCUCUCCGACAUGCAGAGCCACUUACUCAGUCAUUCCAAAGACAAACCAUUAUCUGUGAACUCUUCAUCCAAAAUCGAGCAACAGUCUCAGAAAGAUGAGCUAUCACAUACCAUAGAGUACAGCGACAGCACCCCUACCGAUGUGACCAAACAGUACAGCAGCGGCACCCCUACUACCGAUGUGACCAAACAGUACAGCAGCGGCACCCCUACUACCGAUGUGACCAAACAGUACAGCAGCGGCACCCCUACUACCGAUGUGACCAAACAAUACAGCAGCGGCACCCCUACUACCGAUGUGACCAAACAAUACAGCAGCGGCACCCCUACUACCGAUGUGACCAAACAGUACAGCAGUGACGCAACUGUCGAUGUGAAGACCCACAAUGGCAAAUCUGAUUCCAAAACACCAUCCUCUUUCAGACCAUACCGCUGUGGUUUGUGUGGAGAUCGCUUCCAGCAGUUAACAGACUUGAAGGAGCAUCAUCUUACCCAUCAAACACAGGAAGAAAUUGACAAGUUAAAUAAGGAUUCAGAGUCACAAAGAGUUGUAAAAAAGUGGCAAAGGUAUACUCGCAUUGAGUGCAUCGUAACAAAAGCACCUGCAAGGAAGGGAGGAAGGCCCCCACUUUAUAAAAAAGGCUCUGGGACAAAAUUACAUCCAUGCAAGCACUGCCACCGUGUAUUUAGUCACUCAAGUAGUCUGUCUCGGCACAAUAGAUCCCACAAGGGGACUCUUCACACUUGUGUUCUCUGUGGGAAACAUUUUCCACAACGCUGUGAUGUCCGGAGGCAUAUAGCCAUGUAUCACAAACCUGAAUUAGAGAAGAAGCCAAGUCUUAAGUACUUGGCAUUGCAUUCUAAACCAGAUGGUGGUUCCCAAUUGAAUUCUGAUGUGUUGGAACAGAAUGUGUCAUCUAAAAUAAAACCCAAGAAGUCUUUAGACAGUGUUGUUGCAGAAUUGGACAGUGACAAUGGUGAAGAUCAGCAAACCACAUCUACUGGAGAAGUGUCCGCUGCUCCUAAGGUACGGAGGAACUACAAGUGUGACCAAUGUGGGAAAAAGUUUGGGUUGCUGUGUGUGUACCAACGGCAUUUGCGGUACCACAAAAGGGAACCAGGUAGUGAAAUAGUUAAGUGCCCUCACUGUCCAAGUUGCUUCCGGAGUUCUUCUGCUCUAGGACGCCAUCUUGAGAUUCACCCAAGUCAGUCAAGGGGGGAAAUGGACAUGGAAGGACGGGCAUCUCCCACUGCUGACUCCAAUCCAGACCUGGACUCUGACCAAGACAAUGUAAAGGAUUUAGUGGGUCAUGGGGACAUUGACGAUGUCAAGGGUGGGAAUGGUGAAAAAAUUGGUCCAGCAGAGGUGCUGUACGAAUGCACUGAGUGUACAGAGACUUUUUCCUCCUUGCAGAAGUUUCUGAAGCACCAGAGUUCUCAUGGGUCCGAUAACCUUGGCUAAUGGAAACUAUGCAUGGUAUUUAUAUCCGGAGGUCCGAACCCUAACUUGAGAUCAAUGCACAUACCACAUUGUUGCACUGUUAUGCAGACCUCAAUUCAUGAUUUACGAAAGUCUGAGUUACGUGCACAUCUCAAGUUAGGAUUCUUGCCUUGAUGAUGGAGCAGUUUAACGAGUGUUUUUAAAUUAUAAUUUAUUUUAACAAUGACUUGAGGAACUACAACCAGUAUGGUUCUUGGGGUGGGUGGGUCAUUCAUUCUGAACCAGAGUAGGAUGACAUUGAUGUAGCACUGCAGAGAUUGAGAUGGUGACUUAAGAACUGGGAAUUACUGAGAUUUUUUAAUGUAUUUUCUACAAUCAUGUGAAUUUGAGGUUAGUUUUGUAUCAAUGUUUUAGAUUGUUUUGGUUACUUCAGUUAAACCUUUGACAAUACCCCUGGAAAUGCCAUGGGAAUAAUGCCUUAAUAUGCUCUUUAUUGAAGCUAGUAGUCGAGCACAAUUUGCUAAAGACCCAUGGACCCAUGCAAACCGUUAAGAUGGUCUGCGGUAACAAUGACUGUCCAUUUUGUAAAGUAAUUUGAAAUGUUUUUUUUUUUUUUUUACAUGUGCAUUUCCAUUGGGAUUUCACUUUAAAAAUAUUUAAGAUAUGAUUUAUUUGCAAUUGCCAAGCCUUUACAUCCAUGGUGUCUUUCUCAAGAUCAGAAAAUGUGUCAAGGUGAGAUGUUCCCCAACUACCAGACCAGGAAUGUUGGUAUCAUUUUGAAAGGCUUUCUCAUGUAUCAUCUUUUCACUAUAUUGUGGCCAUGUCUCUCAAUUCGCAAACUGGUUCUGUUAUCUAGAUCCGUGGUUCCCAAUGAGGGGUACUAGGACCUCUGGGAGUACUUAGCCUAUCCACAGGGGGUACUUGAGAAGACUCAUGAGACCAUAGGCCUACUGUAAAAUGCACAUGAGGGGGUACUUCAGGGGUUGUCUGGGCAGAGCAAAAUUCAGUUGGUGGUACAGUAACCGAAAAAGAUUGGGAACCACUGCCCUCGAUUUCUGCUGCCAGUCCUCCGGGUGGCCACGGAUCUGUUAACGCAUGAUCAUGUUUUUCCUUAGGACACGACAAGGUCCAGUGAUUCCAAUGCAAGCCACACGUAGCAUUGUGAUGUAAAUUAGCCUUUUCAAAUGGUACUGUUGCUUCCUUUACUGUCUUCCAAACAAAUGCAUUGGCCCUGAUUUUAAAUGUUACUUUAAUGCCAUUAAAGUUGAAAGAAAUGUAUUUU